CAGCCGCCAUUUCGGAAUAAGGUGUUUGAGAUGUAACCCUUACUGCAAUCUUAGAUCUGACUUUAGCCCCGUUUAGUCACCGGAAUUUUAGAGAAACGGACCACAAAACGCAGGGUCUAGUUUUGGAGAACCGGGCAGCAUAGUAUGCUGCCAAGAAAUACACAGACCAUACACCUCGAGCUCGGGUGUGUGUUCGUGCUCUCCAUGUCUUUCGCACAGUCCCAGUCUCUUGCUACCAUGCUGUUAAUGUGCAUGAAUGGCUGACACGAAAGAGUGGUAUGGUGAUAUUUUUCAAAACUUUCAGUGCAAUCGUGUUAUUAAGGCGAGUUAGUGUUACAAACCUGCGAUCGUUUAUCCGCCAGACCAUGUUUACAAAAUCACGACUGCUCGACCUACGUGAGGAUAUUUCGAAGGCUGCAGAUCGGAUAAAUCUGCACGUGAGGAAAACCCCUUUGGAGUAUUCCCCUUGGUUAAGUGACAUAGGAAAGUCGAAGGUCUAUGUUAAACUAGAGAGUGAACAGAUGACAGGGUCUUUUAAACUGAGAGGAGCCUUCAAUAAACUUCUCACCCUUAAAGAAUCAAAUGAUGAGGUGUUUCUGACAGAUGGGGUGAUUACAGCUUCUACUGGAAACCAUGGAGCAGCCACUGCAUAUGCAUCAAGUAAAGUUGGCACUCCAGUAGCUAUUUAUGUACCAAAGACCACUUCUUCUGCCAAGCUGAAAGUAGUGAAACAGUUUGGUGGGACUGUGAAGUUCCAUGGGGAAGACUGUGUUGAAGCAGAGGUGACAGCUAGGAGUGCUGCUAAGGAAAGUGGCAUGCACUUUGUUUCUCCAUAUAAUGACCUUGUAGUUGUUGCUGGGCAGGGAACCAUUGGGGUGGAAAUCUUCGAAGACUUGGCUGAUGUUGAUGCAGUAUUCGUAUCUGUUGGAGGAGGGGGACUCAUAGGAGGGAUUGCAGCCUACCUGAAAAGUGUUAAAGAUGCUAUUAAAGUGAGUGGUCUCGAAAAUAAGGGAAAAUUAUUGAAACCAUUGCAUUAUAUUUACUUUGUUUCUGUCGCGCGACUUUAUCCAGUAAGUGGGGGCGGGGGCCCUACCAGCCCCUCCCCCUCCGCGGUCCCUGAAGAGUUGCCCGAGGUGACGUUCGAUCUUUGUAAAUAUCUUGUUGACGAGUGGAUCCUUGUGUCAGAAGAAGAAAUUCGUAAAGCAGUUUACCAAUUCAUGGAAAAUCACCAUAAAAUCGUAGAGGGUGCGGCUGGUGUGGCAAUCGCCGCUUAUUUGAAGGAACAUGAACGAUUCCAAGGACAAAACGUGGUGAUAAUUUCUUGUGGAGCAAAUAUUACCAUGAAAAGGUUGAAAGAAGUAAUUCUUCAAUGCGACUAGCUUUAAUCUGAGUUUGAAUCUUUAUUACCAAAUUUUAUUACUACUAGUGUUUCUUAGAUGUAGAAUGCACUUUGUCUGAAUGUCGUAAAACCAGAGAUAAAAGAAAUUACAAUAGCUACGUAUAAGUGAGAAUCGAAGAAACUUAGCAAAACAGCCUGAGGCGAGGAAAAAUGCGAGCGUCUGGUUUUAGUUUUCACAUCUGAUUGGUUCAGAGGGUGGUGCGAGGUUCCUUGAUCAAUCACAGAGCUACACAAAGCAAAAUGAACUUAGAGCUGAUAAAGAACUAAGCAAACGGCCUGAAGCGCGGGAAAAUCCUAGCGCGUGGUUUUAGGUCUACAUUUGAUCGGUUUAGAGGGUGGUGCGAGAAUUCUUGUCCAAUCACGGAGCUAAGCAAAGCAAAAUGACUUUAGAACUGAUAAGAAUGAAGCAAACGGCCUGGGCCCAGUUGUUCAAAGGCCGAUUAGCUCUAACCCAGGGUUAAAUUUUAAUCCAGGUUUCUAAAUUUCUCUAAUCAAAAGCCAUUUUGGGAUAAUUUUUCCUAGUUCUUUUUAGGACAUUCAGUGAUCAAAUUGUAGACAAAUGGAAUUAAGCUGAAUUUUCUUUCAGAGCUUUCAGAUCUGAAAUCAAAUUUCACACUAACCCUGGGUUAUCUUAACACAGCUUUGAACAACCCGGCCCUGAAGUGCGGGAAAAUGCGAGCGCCUGGUUAAGUUUUCCAUUUGAUUUGUUUGAGGGUGGUGCGAGGUUUCUUGACCAAUCAUAGAGCCAAACGAUGCAAAACGAUAUAAAAUAUUAAUAAUAAGUACUUUAUUGAACAAUACCUUGGUGGGGCUUUUUAGGGUGAGUGAGAAUGAGAACAAUCUCAUCUAAUGUAACGUUUAAAAUCCCGACCAACAGAAGGUAGACUAGGUUAUUUAUACGUAGUAACCGCUUGGGUUGUUGGGAGAACGCGUAAAAAUUUUCGCUUCCGGCUGGUGAUUUACAAACAUUUCGAGCGUCCUCUCAACAUCCCUGAUCUACGUAAGUUAUUAUACCGAUAAACCGAAAGAAAGUUCGGUCUACUGCUCUUAAAAAAAUAAACUUAAUUUAAAACUGA